AUGGCGGACCACGUCAACCAAGGAAGCAUCUCUCCCGGGGCAUUGCGGAACAACCCUGGCGGUCAUACACGAUACCUGCGCUCGUAUGCUCCAAACAAGAACGGCACAGACACACGACUAAUGUCCAAGACUCGGACGCCGCAUGUAGCCCUACCGGCUAACGGAAUGGGGCCGCCCAAGGGAAAAGUUGCCAGCCAGGCCCGUAUUGACGACACUUGUCCUAGAUGGGAUCAAGAUGCGCCGAAAGCGAAAGUGAGGCGCCUCAUGUCGGAUGCUGUUUAUUUAGGGCUCUUCGGGUGGGGUUCUCGCGGACAGGGCUUUGCGCUGCCGACGCUGUUUGGAGCUGACGCUGAGCCGAAGCUGGAAGCCGAUGGAGACUGGGCGGCCGACCCUUGGAACGAGACCGAAAACACGGAGGAGGAUGAAGCAGGCCAAGAUUGUUGA